UUGGGCUUUUUGGGCGGGUGUGCGCUGUGUGAGAGAAUCCCGCGCCAGGGUACGCAAGAUCGGCGCUAUUCCUUGGCCGCACAUCGCAAUCCGAGCUCCGGCGGGCUGCCGCGAGCUGAUUCAUCUCCGCGAUCGCUGCCCGCCCCUUUAAAUGCGGCUUCUUGCGUGCUGCUCAAGCAACGCAAUUUAGAUGCGCUGGGAGGCAGUGGCGUCUGCGGCGGCGCCGAGACGACGCCCGGGGGCAGCGGCGGCGGUGAGGCGGUGAGGCGGCGAUGGGCGCUGGAGUUCUAGGUCUUGGUGCGCAAUUGCUGGUGGGCUAGGUCAUAUGGCACAGACUGCUGCGGGAGGCAAUGGAUCGGGGGAAAGAUCCGUGAAAUGCUCGUACAGGAGGGUCACCAUGCUGAUUUGCACCGUGAAUUUGAUCGCGGUGCUCUAUGUUCUUCACAGCUUGCUAGGUCCCCGCUACUUGAGCUCCUCGUUAGCUAGCGUUGCUCGUGGUGGUCACGCGACUAAGUACUCCGAGGAGGAGCUCCAGAAAAUACGAGAGUCGCUGGAGGCCCGGAAAGCAGUGGAGCCUCACGAACUUAUGAGACGGGUGAAGGAGAUUCAAGACGAGGCCGAUUCCGAUGUGUCCAGGACCAAAGAAAUCGGCAAUGCCCGGCAGAGAGCCGCAGACGUGCUCGCGCAGCGUCUCAAGGAGCUCAAGGAAGUGAACAACCAGAUAAAUCAGCAAGCGCUCGAGGAGUGGCGGAAGAAGAGGCUUGAAGGCGUCAAGAAACGCAAAGAAAAGGUGUAAAAAUCACACACACAGUCACACGAGAGAAGGCAUCCUUUAUUAUUCGUAUAUAAAAGGUUUUCAAAUUCGAUUUCCCGGGAA